UGUAGGUAAUAUUACAGGUAAUAUAACGGAUUGUGUGUCUGUAAAUUUGACACACCCACUUCGCCGUGUUUUCCGAAACAUCAGCGGGUGCUAUACUGUUUUCCGUCACUCCCAGCGCCGUUUCCCAAACUCCUUCUCUUUCAUCAGCUGCUUCCCUGUUCAUGGUAUGAUAGUCAUAUUAGUGUCACCUGUUCCCUCCACAUAUGCUACUGUCCCGACUGUUAAUUUUUAAACCCUGCAACCAGAAACAGACGCUCCAUGUAUCAUGUGAGACCUGUACUUUACACCUCAACAUGGUUUAAAUCAUGAUGUUGUUGAGGCGGGACAGAGAGAGGGACCUCUGCUUUGCCUGGUUUAAACAAGGGUUUUACUACUAGAAACUAGGCUUGCAUUUUAAACGUUUUAAAGACGAAUGAAGGUAUCAUCAUCACCGGCUUAUAGGAUGAUGAUCUUUAACCUCCCAAGACCGCUGCUUGUGCUACUGCUGUGUCAGCUGAGGUUCUCCCCUGCAAUCCGACCAGCGCGCUGGGACCAGAGCGCACAUCGGGUCGGGAACCGUCCAGUUCCGACAAACUGCUCUGAAGCCUCUGCAGCGCCACCUGGCUGCGGGAGCCAGACCCACACCUUGGACCUGAGUUACAACAAUAUCUCCAGCCUCACCUGGUCAGACUUACCGUGUCGCACGUCGUGUGCAACUCGGCUUGAUCUCAGCCACAACCGCAUCCAGGAGAUCCACGACGGAGUGCGGGCUGGUCUCCCGCGUCUGAAGGAGCUAGAUCUGAGCAGUAACCUGCUGCAUACCGUGACCCAGGAGCUGUGGUCAGGGCUCCAAGCCCUGGAAGUCCUGGACCUCAGACAUAACUUCCUGACUGGGAUUCCACCAUCUGCCUUUGGCGGCCUGCGCAACCUGCAGACGGUGCUGCUGCAGAAUAACAGCCUAACGGCGAUCCCACAAGCGCUAUGCAGAGUGAGCAGCUUGCGCGUUCUCUUCCUUGCGGGAAACCGCAUCCCCAGCGUGGAUUCGAGUCUCCAGCUCUGCUCUGGGCUGCAGGAGCUGCACCUGGAGCUCAACCUGAUUUCCGAGGUGUCCCCAGAGGCCUUCUGGGGGAUGGAGAAGCUGAAGGUGCUGAACCUGAGCGCCAACCUGCUGCAAUCCAUGCCAGUCACCACCAUACGGGCCCUGAGGGAGAGGGGUGUGGCUGUCUAUCUCCAUGGCAACCCAUGGGGGCUCCACUGUGAGCAGGGGGGCCACUGCCUGGGGCUCCGCGGCACGGUGGUGAGCACACUGCAGGAGGACACAGCCUUGACGCUGCAGUGCAGAAGGAGCAGGCAUGGAGAAUUUCUGUACUGGCAAACCCCAUUCGGCCAAUGGCAGAACAGCAGUGGGCAAGGUGACCCUACCCCCCUGGAAAUCUUGGCCAAUGGCAGCUUGAGGAUUAGCCGGCCCACCCCUUAUCACAAUGGACUGUACUACUGCCUCCUUCAGGAGGGUGAAGGACAGAGCCUCCAGCCAUACAGGGUCCGAUAUGUGCCAGCCAGCCCGAAGAAGAGCAGAGACACUCAGGGCUAUCGAGGAGUGGUGUCCCAAAGCCAUUUUGAGGCUGCGGUAGUGGCUGCGGUGACUGUCACCUUCCUUGCAGGGUUCAGCCUAGGAGCCUUUAGUAGGACCUACCUUAACCGCUGUCUGCAGAAAAUGAGGGUAAAGCAAGCAAAGGAAAAUGCUGUGCACUACAAAAGGACAACCUUCCGGAAGGGUCCGGAAGCAAACAUAGAGGACUCUGUGAACAUCGAGAUUGGUGAUGAGUUGUCACGUGAGCCCAAGCAGAUCACGCCUCCCAAAAAGGCCCCACGGACCACACUGGCCGGACAAGGCGAGGAUGAUGAUUCGAACCAGGAAACACCCGGCGGAGAGGACACCCAUCCGGAACAGACGGUGCCAGGAGACUGUAACCUCCAUGGUGAUAGUGUUCAACACCCUGAGGACCAGGAGGCCACCAGAAGACAGACGAAUGACUCCUCGGAAGAGCCCAGGAAACCGCAGCCAGCCCCCCGACCGUCCAAGCGCAGGGUGAUCAAGCUGUACCACUACGACGAAGACGGGAGCCCCUACGCCCCCGUGCCGGAGGCCGAGGCCCCACUGGCAAAGCAGAGGUCGCUCUCUCUCACCCGCUUCAGCAACAUCAUGAGCGCAGGCGUGGGGCCGGACACCAGCACGCUGCCUCCCCAGGGGCCCGAGCCCGAGCCCAGCCGGCGACAGCCUGGGGGCGGCACUGCAGUGUUUGAGCUGUCAGCGUGA